GGUUGUGGAACGAAGAACUCGAACUGUCAUUCAUAUAAUAUUCACCGAAUAUCGUGGAUGUAAAGUGCGCCGUAAAACAUAUUUUUGUGUAAUCAUCAACCUAGGCGUAUCUUUUGUUCGUGAAAUUAUGAUAUGACAAAUAGUUUCGUCUAACACUUUCUACAUAGUUCGUGAAAUAAAGUGAGGAAAAUGUCUGGUGCUGGAGGGUUUUUGCGUCGAUUUCUACAUCUCUUCUUGGAUUGUCUACUCAUACUACAUCUAGCGCAAUACAUACCUUCAGCAUCUGCGGAAGGCCACUGUGUCUGGUAUGGAGUGUGUAUGGAAAAGAAUGGCCCACAAACAAACUGCGCGUAUAAUGGAACUGCACAGCCCAUCCAGAGCGCUGGCAGGUUGAUCUUAGAGAAAUACUGCCCCGAAAUCGCUGCAGGUGGCAAAGCCUGCUGCAGUGAUGAGCAGUUGGUACACUUCGCGACUGGCGUCGGGCAGGCGGAGACCUUCCUGCAAAGAUGUCCGUCGUGCUUCGACAACUUUUUGCAACACUUGUGCGGGAUGACUUGCUCGCCUAAUCAGAGCGAGUUCAUUCGAGCUAAUGAGAUUGUACCUUUCAAUGCUACCCACCAAAAGGUCGCAUCGAUAACUUAUGAUCUCAGCUACAGAUAUAUGGAGGCUGCUUUCAACUCCUGCUCACAGGUGCAAGCGCCAUCAACGAACGCAAUGGCCAUAGGCAUAAUGUGUGGCCAAUACGGGUCUCAGUUCUGCACGCCGACGCGUUGGUUCACCUCCAUGGCGGCUUUCGCGCCCUUCCCGAUCACGUAUAUCAAUGAUCCGGACCCGGAACACGGGUUGACACCGUACGACCCUCCCACGAGGCCGUGUAAUCAAGGACCUAAUGGCCAGCCCGGCUGUUCCUGCCUGGAUUGCAGCGCCUCCUGCCCCGCCCCUCCCCCUCCCAAACCCCCUCAAGUCCCCUUCACGAUCCUCGGCUCCGACGGGUAUGCCGUCAUCAUGGCUAUAGUCUUCGUCAUCUUCACAACGCUGUUCCUUAGUGGCGUCUUCUGCUGUACUCCUCAAGAGAAUGUUGUUGACGGGUGGCGCGGCGGCGAGGCGCGGCGCUUCGGCGGCCCCGAGACCUCCCCGCUGCACGAGCACCGCUCCAGUGUAGCUUCAGAGAACAAUCAAGAGAUGGCCACGAAUCCUUCAUCAGCGGCCUGGGCAGACCAGCCGGAUGGGGUUGCGGGUGACGCGUCGUUCUUCGAGAAGCUCGGAGCGGAGACUGAGACGAAAAUGGAGGAUUUCUUCCAGUGGUGGGGCACGCUGAUGGCGUCGCAUCCUUGGCUUGUGCUGUUUCUUGGUCUUUGCGUAGUGGUAGGCCUAGGCCACGGCAUCAGUUGCAUGCGCGUGACGACGAACCCGGUGGAGCUGUGGGCGGCGCCCAACUCGCGCUCGCGACAGGAGCGGGAGUACUUCGACUCGCACUUCGAGCCUUUCUACAGAACGGAAAUGUUGAUAAUCACAUCUAAGGGCCUGCCGAAGAUCCAGUAUUCGACGCCGGACGGAGACAUUAGCUUUGGACCUGUCUUCAACGCCACCUUCCUCAAGGAUGUGCUCGACUUGCAGAACAAAAUAUUAGCUCUCGGCAACAAGACAGGCAUCCAGGACAUCUGCUACGCGCCGCUGACGUCGUCGUUCAGCGGGCCCGUCACGCCCAACGACUGCGUCGUGCAGUCCGUGUGGGGCUGGUGGCAGAACAACAUCGAGAACUUCGAGUUCCAGGAGGAGGAUAACGCCUAUCUCGAUACUAUACUCAAGUGCUCCAGCAACCCAUUCCAACUAGAAUGCUUAGGAUCGUACCGCGGACCGGUCCUGCCAGCAGUCGCUUUGGGCGGCUUCUUAGCUCCCGGCGAGGCGCUGAGCGACCGCUCCCGCUUCCACGAGGCCUCCGCACUUAUUAUCACUCUGUUGGUCAAUAAUAAACAUGAUAAGGAACUGUUGAAACCGGCUUUAGAAUGGGAGAAAGAAUUCAUAGCGUUCAUGAAGAAUUACACGGAGACACAAAUGCCUUCUUACAUGGACAUAGCUUACACCUCAGAGCGGUCCAUAGAAGAUGAAUUGGAUAGAGAGUCCCAGUCAGACAUAUCGACGAUAUUGGUGUCUUACUUCAUAAUGUUCGCGUAUAUUGCGAUCUCUUUGGGCAGAUUCACUGGAUUCUCAAGGCUGUUGAUUGAUAGUAAAGUUACUUUGGGUCUUGGAGGUGUAUGCAUAGUACUAGCAUCAGUAGUAUGUUCAGUGGGCAUGUUCGGUUACGCGGGAGUGCCGGCCACGCUCAUCAUCAUAGAAGUGAUUCCCUUCCUCGUGCUGGCUGUGGGAGUCGACAAUAUCUUCAUAUUGGUGCAGACCAACCAGAGAGAGGGGAGACGACCUAAUGAGUCCGUUGCUGAACAUAUUGGGAGGACUCUCGGCCAAGUGGGACCAUCAAUGUUCUUAACAUCAGCAUCAGAAUCCGUGUGUUUCUUCCUGGGCGCCCUGUCGGACAUGCCGGCGGUGCGAGCCUUCGCGCUGUACGCGGGCGCCGCGCUGCUGGUGGACUUCCUGCUGCAGGUCACGUGCUUCGUGGCACUGCUGGCUGUCGACACGCAGAGGCAGAAUGCUAACAGAUUCGACGUGCUCUGCUGUGUCCGCGGCACGAAAGCUUCAGGUGGCGACACGGGCGGUGAAGGCGCUCUGUACAAUGUGUUCAAGCAGCUGUACGUGCCGUUCCUCAUGAAACGCGAGGUCCGCGCCACCGUCAUGAUCGUCUUCUUCGCCUGGCUCUGUUCGUCUGUAGCUGUGGCACCUCACAUAGAGAUCGGUCUCGACCAGGAGCUCUCAAUGCCUCAAGACAGUUUCCAGACAAAGUACUUCCAAUAUCUCAACCGUUACCUGAACAUUGGUCCGCCCGUAUAUUUUGUGGUGACCGAAGGACUGAACUAUUCUGAUAUGGACACGCAGAAUAUGAUAUGCGGGACGAGGUUCUGUAGACCUGAUAGUUUGUCUAUGCAGUUGUAUGCUGCAUACCGCAAUCCAAACGAGACGUACAUAGCUCAGCCGCCGAACUCGUGGCUGGACGACUACUUCGACUGGUCGGCGUUACCCAACUGCUGCAAAUACUUCCCCUCUAACUCCAGCUUCUGUCCUAAUGAUCACGGAGCCCCGUGCAAGUCGUGCGGCAUAGCGCUGGCGGGCGCCGAGCAGCGCCCCAACAGCACGGACUUCGAGCGCUACGUGCCCUUCUUCCUGCAGGACAUCCCCGACACCAGCGGCAGCGGCUGCGUCAAGGGCGGACAUGCCGCCUACGGGCAGGCUGUCAACUAUAAGAUGUUCAAUAAGACUCAAGCCCACGUCGGAGCAACAUACUACCAAGGCUACCACACAGUACUGAAGACCAGUUUAGACUAUUACUCCGCAUUGAAAGGCGCUAGAGAAGUCGCAGCCAACUUAACAGAAACUUUAAACAGGAACUUAAAACACCAGUUGAAUGGAACAACGAUCAAUGUGUUCCCGUAUUCAGUGUUCUAUGUGUUCUACGAACAGUAUUUGACGAUGUGGCCUGAUACGCUGAAAUCUAUGGGAAUAUCGGUCCUGUCUAUAUUCUUGGUCACCUUCCUGUUGAUGGGUUUCGAUCUGUUUUCGGCUUUGGUGGUAGUGAUUACAAUCACUAUGAUCGUUGUGAAUCUCGGUGGAGUGAUGUACUGGUGGGGAAUCAGCUUGAAUGCAGUCUCGUUGGUGAACUUGGUGAUGGCGGUGGGCAUCGCGGUGGAGUUCUGCUCGCACGUGGUGCACGCGUUCAGCGUGUCGGGCGGCGCGUCGCGCGUGGCGCGGGCGGCCGAGGCGCUGACGCGCAUGGGGUCGUCCGUGCUGUCCGGCAUCACGCUCACCAAGUUCGGCGGCAUCAUCGUGCUGGGGACCGCUAAGAGUCAGAUCUUCCAGGUGUUCUACUUCCGCAUGUACCUCGGUAUCGUGGUCCUGGGCGCCGCUCACGGACUCAUCUUCCUACCCGUCAUGCUCAGCUAUAUCGGUUCCCCGGUCAACAAGCAGAAGCUCGCCAACCAGCUCCUGCGAGGCAAAGACGUCGCCGUCGCAGAGACGUCCCUCACAAGAGCAUAACCCGGCGUCGGGGACGUUGGCGAGUGCAGCGGCGCGGCGCCACCUACGGCAGUCUAGACGACUCGCCGAGCGCCGUGCUGGCCUCGGGCAGCGGCACCGUCAACGGCCUCACCGAUGAAAUGUGAACUCAACUAGGGCGUAAUCUUACCAAUACUCGCUAAAUAAUAUUACUGCUAUGUGUUUUUAUACAUAAGCUGCCUUUAGAGCUGUUAAAACCAAAAUUUUGAACAGAUAAUAAUAAUAAUGUAACUCGUUAACGGAAUAGAAGUUUAACUGUGGGUUGCACCAUUAAUAUUAACGAUAAGCAAACUAUAAACAGACUUCAAAUCGCUGAUUUAACAAUUGGCAAUUUCAAGGCUGGUUAUGGUUUGGUUAUCGUUAUAUAAAUUGGUUUUAUGUAACCCACCCCAGAUGUUUUUAAUGCUGGUCCUCCUGUGUUUGUUUCUGCAGGCGGAAAGCGGAAAAGUAGUGAAAGACAUCAAGUUUACUUUGUGUCAUAUUAAAUUGAAAACGAUAAAGUGGCAUCAUGUUGUAAAAACAUUUAGUGGUAGGUACUAGGAUUUAGCGAGUAAAGGUACAAGUCGUUGUAAGAUUUAUGACAACACGGUAAGUUUAUAGUUCCAUAGAUCUCCUGUAUUACGCCUUGUUGUAUAAAUCUUAUGCGUGUUCUAGUGAAGUUGGACAGUGGACUCGAUUAGUGAACUAUGUAGCGAAAUUAUAUUCUAAGUUAGAUGUAAAAUGACUGGAUCUUUUCUGACGGAGUUUUAUGAAGCAUUUUCAACCUUAUUAUCUUCAGAAUAAGGUUGCAAAUGUUUCGUUAAUUCUAUGGACAAAUCUCUCAUGUUCGAGACAGCUGUUUGCUUGUGAUAUGUACUUUAGAAAUAGGAAUCUUUAUUCUAAGUAUUUAGUUUGUAACUUCAUAUAUUAUGGGAAGAUAGGGAGGUUUUUAACCGUUUUAUACAAAUAUUUCAAUGAAAUCUUUAUAUCUAAAAAUAACCACUUUACCUAAUACACUAAAUAUUAUUAUCAUUUUUUAUAGUCUACUAGCCGUUUUCCCGCGGUUUCACCCGCGUCCCGUGGUAACUAUUGCCCGCACCGGGAUAAAAUAUAGCCUAUGUUACUCGUAGAUAAUGUAGCUUUCGAAUGGUGAAAGAAUUUUUAAAAACGGUCCAGUAGUUUUUGAGCCUAUUCACUACAACCAAACAAACAAACAAAGUUUUCCUCUUUAUAAUAUUAGUAUAGAUUAUGUACUUAUGAUAUUUUUAUUUUAUAAAAUAUUACUAUCAUUUUAAAUUCUCAACAAUACAAACAGAUAUUUAUUUAGAGGUUUAAGAAAAGAGUUUUUAAUAUUGUUUUGUAUCAUGCUUGUUCUUAGAUUUUGUUAUUUUGUUACGCAUAAUCUACAUGUAUGAUGAAAUAACUUUAGCUCUGAACAGUCAAAUAUCUGAAAAGACUUCGUCCUGAAACAUACAGGAUUUGCUCUAUCAGAAAUGCUAGCAAACGGUAUGUGACAGGACAGUGAUGUUUUAAGUAUUAAUAUAAUAUACAAGAGUUUUAUAGUAUAAAAUAUCGAUAGACCAAGGAAUAGUCGAAAGUUAGUUCACUUCUGAGAAACAGAAGUCUAUGAUAUUAUUUUAUGUUUCUCUUAGCAAAAGAUAUUAUAGUUUAGCAAAGAUUUAUAUGUAGGUAUAUAUGGGAAAUAUAAUUCUGGGUGAUUUAUAUGCACCAUUUUACGUGCACAUCUCAUAAAGACCUGUUUACACUGUAGUGCAUUUGAUAUGCAACGUUUUAUAAUUACAAGCACUGUUCUCGUGUGAAAGGGUCGCGUAUCACUAGUAAAUCGUAGGAAUACUGAUUACAUGUUAGGAUAUCUUGACAAAGUCAGAUGUUUAUAUAAAAUAUAUAUUAUCUAGUGUAACGAUGUAGGAGUUAGUAAAAUAUGUAAACUCGAGUACCUAUCCAAAGGUUAGUUAAAAAUUAUUAUAAAAAGCUUUCGAUGUUUAGAAGUGUUUUAUUGGAUAAUAGAUGUAAAGUUAGUGGUUUUCGGUAAAGGGGAGAGUCGGGUAAUUUAAACUAUACAAGACAAAGUCAAUUUGUAAUUGAGAUAUCUCAUUGAUAAUGAGGUAUUCAUAGAAGAUUGUAAUUGUAGGUUUUGAGUAAACUUAUCUAAUCACGUCUUGACUGCUAGUGUAAGUUUAGCAAAGCUUUCUUUUGCCUGUGCCUUUGAGAGUCAAUUUGACGCUAAAGCAUUACACUAACAUUGUUAAUCGAUCUUGAAAAUUGUUUUCGAAAUUAUUCAUCUAAAUACGUGAAUACAAAUCUAUGCUUUACUAUGCGAAUGAAAUACUGCCAUGCUAAUAUAAAUAAAAGGUGUGACAAUAUGGAAAUCAAGUAAAGUAUUGCUCUAUUAAAAUUUAUAAAAUUGCUAAAAUGUUUGAUUGCGCAAGCAUAGCGUGCAUUGGCAGUGUUGCCUGACGCAAUUUAAAACGUUGGUGUGGCCAGGCAUAUUUUUUUUUAUCACCUCACAGGUCGAUAUAGUGAAAAUAGUAAAUUGUUCAUAAUUGACUUUUGUACAAUAUUAUCAUAAAGAUAUCAGAUAGAAGUACCAUGUAUAAACAAGUAUGAAUCUUCCUUUUUGUAGCUAAGCUGUAAACAGCCUAACUUAGGUCCUAUAACAUAUUGUGUGUACAAAACUUGUUAUAACUCAUAGAAAUAAGUAUUACACGUUUUGUUGAUAUUUACCUGUACCUCUGCAGAAUCUAUUUUUCGAACAUUUUUGUAUAGGUAUAACUCUAUCAUCAAGCUUACUUUCUGAUUUAUUUGACGUAGGUAUACUGUCCCACUACUGGGCAAAAUAUAAAUAAUUUUGUACAUUUGAUUUCUGUCUAUAUAAAGUACUAAUAAAAUAUGUUGUAUUGGAAGUUUUGAUAUUUCAACUUGAUUCCCAUAUCUUCAAGUUUUCACUUUUCUUUUUGAACUAAUGUAAAUUGUACUUACCCACUGAUUAAUAAAUUGUAUAUAGAGGUAAAUACCAUAUUGAUGUCUAUAAAAGUUUUAAAUAGUGUAAUUUGUACGUAUUACUUGUCUAAAGUCUAUGUUUCUCAAGAUAUUCGAUGUAUGUAAAAUCUGUGUAAUAGAAUUUAUAAUAAAGGAGAAAACCAAAUA